ACCAUUUUGUGUCUGUCUGCGGUGUGAACCCGCGUCUGCAGUUCCUUCCCACACGGGAGUGGGCGCCUUGUAUGUUGUUGGCGGGGUCCUGGGCGCCGGCCAUGCAGGCUCCAUAUUUAAAGGGUGAGGCGGAGCUGAUAAUGUUCAGAGUGGCAGCGGUCGGGGGGAGGGAGGAGGGAGGAGGGUGUGUGUGUAGCGCUCUCGGCCCACAGCUCUGACAGGCAGCCGGCUCCCGCAUCACCUCCCACUCUCACUCUCACGGCCGCUACUCCCGGGGCAAGAGCCCGCUUUCCCUCCGGACGCCAGCCAUGAAUAUCGUAGCCGAGUUUUUCCUUGUCACCCUCAAAGUGCUGUGGGCUUUCGUGCUGGCCGCGGCGCGAUGGGUGAUCAAGCCCAAGGAGAAGAGCGUUUGCGAUCAGGUGUGCUUGAUCACGGGGGCGGGCGGCGGGCUCGGCAGGCUCUUCGCCCUGGAGUUCGCCCGGAGGAAAGCCAUCCUGGUGCUGUGGGACAUCAACCAGGAAAGCAACGAGGAGACGGCCGACAAGGUCCGGCAGCUGGGCGUCCGGGUCCACACUUACACUUGCGACGUGAGCAAAAGGAGCAGCGUGUACAGGACGGCCGAGCUGGUGCGGAGAGAGAUCGGCGACGUGACGGUGCUGGUCAAUAACGCAGGUGUAGUGUCCGGGCACCAUCUUCUCGAAUGUCCCGAUGAACUUAUCGAGAGGACCAUGAUGGUCAACUGCCACGCACACUUUUGGACCACCAAGGCAUUUCUUCCAAAGAUGCUGGAAAUGAACCAUGGCCAUAUUGUAACAGUGGCAAGUUCCCUUGGGCUAUUCAGCACUGCUGGUGUUGAGGAUUACUGUGCAAGCAAAUUUGGAGCAAUAGGAUUUCACGAAUCCUUAAGCCACGAGUUGAAGGCAACUGACAAAGAUGGGAUCAAGAUGACACUAGUCUGCCCCUAUUUGGUGGAUACAGGCAUGUUCCGUGGCUGCAGAAUAAGGAAAGAAUUUGAGCCCUUCCUUCCGCCUUUGAAACCAGAGUACUGUGUGAAAGAAGCGAUGAGAGCCAUACUCACAGACCAGCCGAUGAUUUGUACACCUCGAAUAAUGUAUACUGUAACAUUCAUGAAGAGCAUUAUGCCGUGGGAAGCUGUCGUGUGCAUGUACCGUUUCUUGGGUGCAGAUAAGUGCAUGUAUCCAUUUAUUGCGGAGAGAAAACAGGCUUUGAACAACAACGAGGCCAAAAAUGAAAUCUAAAGCAAAACUGAUCACUGCAUCCAUUUGGACACCUUGCAAGUGAAUGCAAUGUUUAGCUCGUCAACAUCUCCAUACAAUUCAGAAUGACAAGCAUUUGCAGUGAUUGGUUGUUUGAACUUUGCAAAAUGGCUGUGAAACUUCAGUUUUCUAUGAUCACUGUGGAUAAAAUGGUUGCUGUACCAUGUAUUAAGUCACAAGAUAAAUGUAUUAUGCAUUAUGCCAAUCUUUUUAAUGUUUCUAGUGAUUAGACAUACAUGUUAAUGUCAACUGAGCAAAGCAAGAUUUUGAUAAGUUUAACAUUUUACUUUUUAUUCAUCAAUGCCAUUGUGUUUUGGUGUUAGAGCUGUAUUAUACAUUGUGUUGAACUAGCGAUUUGGGUAAAUGCAGUACUUUAGAAUAUUCCAGAUAUAUCUUUUUAAAUAGUAAAUGCACUGUAAUUAUUGAUAACUUCUCUUGGUCCACCUGAAGUACUCCUGUUACUCCAUGACUAUAUCAAUUAUAGCGUUGUCACUUAAAGCACUGCAAAUUUCUCCAAAUUUGAUAUUUGCAGAGCAAAUGUGCUCUUGUUCAAUACGCUAAACACUUUUUUAGGAAAAUCUUAUUGGUGUGCCUUUUUUAAUCCGUUUUAAUUAUUGUCCUAUUUUCAGUGGAUUAGUGGUCCAUUUUUUUUUUUUUAAAAGCCUGAAAUUUCUACCUCCUUUGUAUAUCUAUUUGUAGAAAACCUAAAUUUAACAUCAGAAAUUAUAAUGUCUUUGUGCAUCUUGUGUCACUACUUUUAUAUGAAGACCAAUGUCUGUAGCAUUUUGGUAAUGUAGCUAAUUGUAAAAGUUUUUAAUUAAAAUGUGAUUGUUAGAUGCAUAAAAUGUUGACAUUUUGUGGUGCUUGAUAACUGAAAUAUUAAGAGUCUCAUGUUUAAUGCUCGCAAUCAUGUGCAUUGGUUGGGUGAUGUGCAGAUUCAUUAUUUUGGACAUUUACCAUUUUUAAUGAAAUCUGUUUGUUUUGAAGAGAACUCGGGUACCCAAAUAUAUUGUAAGACCGUCCACGAAAGAAGAGUAUUCUUUAUUAAUCAAAUCUUGGAUCAAUUUUCUUAUCUUUAGUAUUAUUUUACAUUGCAGAUUUUCUGUAAGAUUACCAAAUGUCUCCCCUCAUUCUUUGAUCCAGCCUAUGGGAUAUUUUCACAUGUUGUUUACAUGUGAUGGUAAAACCUAGUGUAGACUACACUUCUUGCUAUUUGUUUCCUUGUUGUAACCAUUAUAGAGAGAAAUACUCUGUCACCUGUGACUCUGCCAAGACAGCAUGACCUUCCUUUAGUGAAUUUGUUGCUUAUUGUACUUUGAUGGAAUAUCUUUAGUUGGAAAUUUGGUUACAAUAAAAUACAUUGCCAAGAAAAGAAA